AUGCUCGCCAGCGGGCCCAGUCCCAACCCGUUGUAUCCCACGCUCCCCCACCUCUCGGGUUUCUCGUACGCAGAACUCGAAUGCAGUGUGUACGGCCGCGAAGUAGCGUGGUACAACACGCAAUUCUACUGCGGGUGGGGCGACGCGAGCGGGACGGGGUGGUAUGACGCGAUCAUCGCCGCGGGGUGGAAGCCCGAGAAAAUCGUGCUGGGCGUUGUGACGAACCCGGGCAACGGGGCUGGGCACGUACCCGUGGGGAAGCUGGGGGAUGUAUGUGCCCAGUUGCGGGAGAAGUAUAAAACCGUGGGCAAGGGCUUCGGCGGCGUCAUGGGCUGGGAGUACUUCAACUCCGGGGAUAGCGAGGAGGACAUCGUGCAUGUCGCGGGGCUGGAAUUGGGGAAUGAGACGGUGCAGGCGGGCUGGGUGGGGGCGCUGGGCAGGGUGUUGAGGGUGGAAGACCCGCCGCGGCCGCGCACUGAGCAGCCGUUGCUGGGCGUUACGGCGGAUCAGAUCAGACAGAUGGUGACGACGUUGCCGGCGCCGAGUACUGCAUGGCCGGACGAGGAGGUGCAGAAGUUGGUGGUGUUGGGGUUUGCGCAGCAUGAGGCUGUGGCGGCGCUGAAUGCGACGGAUGGGAAUGUGGAAAUGGCGGCGGGGUUUUUGUUUGAGCAUUAUCCACAGUAG